AUGCAAACUUUACCUAUUGAACUACGACAGAAAAUUUUUAGGCAACUCAAUAAGCAUAGCCAGUUCAACUGUUUAUUGAUCAAUCGACAAUUGUGCCGCGAAGUAGUAUCAAUUCUUUGGGAAGCUCCACUAUCAAUCAGAAAUGUGAAAGGAGCAAAAGUAAUAAAUGCAUACAUUAAAAACUUCUCAAACGAAACAUGGAGAUAUCUUCUUGCAAAUGGAAUCAGUAAAAAAUCGAUCACAGGUCCGCCAGCUUUUAACUAUGCAUCUUUUCUAUGCGUAUAUGAUCCAAUUUUAGUAAAUUGUGCCGCGGAAGAUUGGUUGAGAUGUAAAUGUAAAAGUCCUUCUGCUGAAAAAUGCAAUGUAUUGAGAGAUUCUCUAUGUCAACUUUUUCUAGCUGAAAUGAAGUCUAUGCGUUCUUUGACAUUUGAUUCAUUUCACCCUGACCAAUUUUGGAGCUCAAUUCCUAAAGAACGGUCGACAAGUUUAUUGUUAAAGAAUCUUAAUCAAAUAUUUAUAAUCGGAAUUGCUAAAGGUCUGGACAAUUUAUUCCAAGAAUUGGCGAAAAAUUGUCAAAAUAUUGGUGGAAUUACGUUGUAUUGUGAUUGCAAUCCGAAUAUUCGUAUUACAAAGCAAUUGGAAAAUACUGCGAUAGGAUUGAAAAAAACCAUUCUUGCUCAAAAUGGUUUGCAAUGGCUCAAGUUAUAUGAAACAUCUGCAAUUUUAUUCAGAUUCAUUUCAAGUUUUUAUUCCUCAUCAACAACAAUACGCGCCAUUGAACUAAAUAAAGUAGAUUUGAUAUUACUUCAAUCGGAUAAUGUUCUCGAAGCGUUAAGCUUUUGUGAAAAUCUCGGUUGUCUGAAGAUUUUAGGUUGUAAAAACUUAAAUCAGCAGUAUUGGUCUGAAAUUGCCAGAUUUUUCAAGAAACUUGAAUAUUUAUCUAUUUCAGUGGUGCAAAGAGAGAUUCCAGUGAAAUUUUUAGAGCAAAUUUUUAUUUCAGCUGGAGAUAAUUUGAAAUAUCUUAGCAUCACUUAUAGCUCUAUUAUAAAUAGUUCAAUACUAGAUAGGCUCCUUCCAUUGUUCUCUUGUUAUCUUUAUAAUUUACGAGCCCUAGAAAUGCAAGGAUUAGAUUUGAAGAAUGCUGUCUCCUCGUUACGAUCUUGUAAAAAACUUCAAUAUCUGGCAGUUUAUCAGGAUAUCUUCAGUAGAAAUAAUGUAUUAGAUACUUUGAUAGAAGUAUUCCCCACCUUGGAAUUUCUAAUUAUCCGAGAUUUUUCUGAUAUCAACGUGACAUAUUCUCUUGUUGAAAAAAAGAAAGCCGAACGUAAAUACGAUGUAAAAAUGAAUGUUAGCGCAAAUUAUUUUCACGAAAGUAG